AUGUCUUUACCAAAAUACCAGAAAGCAGUUGUUGUCGAGAAAUACGGAGCAAGCCUUGCUCUUAAAGAGCUUCCAGUGCCUGAAGUGGCCCCCGGCCAAGUGCUUGUCAAAGUGGAAGCUAGCAUUGUGAGUGGGGAGUUAAAAGCAAGAGUCGAACGGCCUAAAAACCCACUGUUUUGCCUUCCUGAACCUUUCGUCAUCGGAACCUCUGCCGUGGGAAGGGUGAUUGAAAGUGAUACUUUCAAAAAGGGGCAACUUGUCUAUCUAGACCCUACUGUCUGGUCGAGAGAUUCUACCGAGCAUUAUGUUGUGAAAUCGGUCGCAGACGGUCCAACACCUGAAUCCAAAGCAUUAUCUGCACAGGAGUACAAGAGGAACGGUUACAUGUCAGAAUACACACUAGUGGACAUCGAGAACUGCUAUCCUAUCAAUGAAGAAGCCAUUAGCUUCGACACGGACAUUAUUCCAGGUUUGACUUUUCCCCUCGUGGCAUAUGGUGGAUUUAGGGGAAUCGAUCUGAAGCCAGGAGAGACUGUGGCCAUUGGUCCCGCUACAGGAAAGUUUAGUAGCGCUGCUGUUGCCGUGGCUGCAUCAAUGGGCGCCAAAGUCCUUGCUUUGGGGAGAAACAAAGCGGCGCUCGAGGCCGUUGCAUCAAAAUUUAGCAACGUUCAUCCUGUUGUCCUGACAGGCGACAAAGACGCGGAUGCGGCCACUCUGCAAAAAUUUGGCCCUCUUGACGUUUUUAUGGAUUUCACCCCUAGCGGAUUACCAGGCCCAAUCUACCUGGAUACUGCCAUUGGUGCUAUUAAGUUUGGAGGCAGGAUCAUUCUUUCAGGUUUUGUUUUUGGCACUGUGGCCAUUCCAUAUGCACUAUUGGUCUCAAAGGACCUUACCAUUAAAGGAAAAAUCAUGUACUCGCGACAGGAGGCCAAAGACUUUAUUAAGAUGGUUGAGAACGGAAUUUUCAAGGUGGAUCACGUCCAAGUGAAGAAAUUCUCUAUUGAGAAAUACUCAGAGGCAGCUGAUGACGCUUCGACAAAAAAGCUUUGGGAUCACCAAGUCGUGUUGAGCACUAAGUAG